AUGGACGUGGCCAGGCUGGUUAUGAUGGGGCAGGCACUGACAUCCGCGAGGGAGGAGGACGGCCGGCAGGCUUUUCCCGGGCGACCCUGGAUGCGAGAGAAGGGUCUGGCUUCCGGGACUGCGAGCAACGUCGGCCUCAAGGGCAUCGUUGCCGGUGGUAUCACAGGAGGUAUUGAAAUUUGUAUUACAUAUCCUACCGAAUAUGUUAAGACUCAGCUCCAACUCGAUGGGAAAUCUGGUGCUAGUAAACAAUAUAAAGGCAUUUUUGAUUGUGUCAAAAAAACUGUAAAUAACCAUGGCUUUUCUGGACUAUACAGAGGAUUGUCAGUUCUAAUUUAUGGUUCGAUACCAAAAUCUGCUGUUAGAUUUGGCUCAUUUGAGAGUGUGAAGAAACAGCUUGCGGAUGCAGAUGGGAAAUUAAAUGCCCAGACUCGCUUACUUUCUGGACUUAGUGCUGGUGUUUGCGAAGCUAUUUUUGCUGUUACUCCUAUGGAAACUAUCAAAGUAAAAUUUAUUAACGAUCAACGAUCCAGUAAUCCCAAGUUCAGAGGAUUCUUUCAUGGUGUUAGUCACAUUGUCAAAGAAAAUGGCCUUAGAGGAAUAUAUCAAGGCUUGACACCAACAAUAAUAAAACAAGGUUCCAAUCAAGCCAUUCGAUUUUUUGUAAUGGAAUCUUUAAAAGAAUGGUACAAAGGGGGAGACAAUAAUAAACACGUUCCUAAAUUAGUUGUCGGUGCCUUUGGUGCAGUAGCGGGAGCCGCGUCGGUCUAUGGAAACACACCUAUUGAUGUUAUAAAAACAAGAAUGCAGGGACUUGAAGCUGCCAAGUAUAAAAGUAGUUGGGAUUGUGCAGUGCAAGUAUGGAAAAAUGAAGGUCCUACGGCGUUUUACAAAGGAACAAUACCUAGAUUAAGUAGAGUUUGUUUGGAUGUUGGUAUAACCUUCAUGAUCUAUGAUUCCUUUAUGGAAUUCUUCAACAAAGUCUGGCCUUAGAAAUAAUUUCAUACGGAAUUCAUUUUCCAACAUGAUUGUUCAGAGUGUUAUCUCAUAAUUCAAUAACAUCUGAAAUUUAUGUGCCUACACCAGGUAUAGCAAAUAAAGAACUGAAUUACGAGCUUUAAUAGAAAUGAAUUUUAAAUGACAACCAUACA